AUGAAGCAAAGGUUUUCUUCUAUCGACGUGAAGGUCAUCGCCCAUGAACUUUCAAAUGCAUUGGUUACUUUGCGCGUUUCCAAUAUUUACGACUUGUCAUCGAAGAUUUUCUUGAUUAAAUUUGCGAAACCAGACAACAAACAGCAGAUCCUCAUAGAUUCUGGCUUCCGAUGCCAUCUCACCGAUUUCUCUCGAGCGACUGCAGCUGCUCCUAGUGUUUUUGUACAAAGAUUAAGGAAAUACUUGAAGACAAGACGAGUCACACAGGUUUCUCAAAUCGGAACGGAUCGCAUAAUCGAAUUUCAAUUCAGUGAUGGACAAUACAGAUUAUACUUGGAGUUCUAUGCGGGAGGCAAUAUCAUUCUUACGGAUAAGGACUCAAACAUCCUAACCUUGCUUCGAGUGGUCGAUCCGGGAGAGGCUCAAGAAGAAUUACGAGUUGGACUUAAAUACUCUUUGGAUAAUCGACAAAAUUAUGGAGGAAUACCUGAUUUGACGAAAGAACGACUUCAAGAAGCUUUACAAAAAGGGGUAGAUAAGGGAGAGGAUGAUUCUGGAAAGAAGAAGAAGAAGCCUGGAGAUGCAUUACGAAAGGCAUUAGCUGUGUCUAUCACGGAAUUUCCACCGAUGCUAGUGGACCACGCCAUGCGUAUCACAAGCUUCAAUUCCUCUCUAAAACCGGCCGAAGUUUUGCAGAGUGAAGAUCUCUUGGAUCAUUUGAUGAAAUCACUUCAAGAAGCUCAACGAGUUGUUCAAGAAAUUACUAGCUCCGAAACUGCAAAGGGCUAUAUUGUAGCGAAGAAGAAGGACCCUCAGACUCUAUCAGAUGAAAAUCAGGCAGAUAUUCGAAAAGGUCUACUUUAUGAUGAUUUUCAUCCAUUCAAACCAAAGCAAUUCCAGGAUGAUCCUUCCUUGGUCUUUUUAGAGUUCGAAGGGUUCAACAAAACGGUUGAUGAGUUCUUCUCUUCAAUUGAGGGACAAAAACUAGAAUCAAAGCUUGAAGAGAGAGAAAAGCUAGCCCAAAAGAAAAUUCAGGCGGCACGAAAUGAACAGGCCAAACGUUUGGGCGGAUUACAAGAGAUUCAGGCACUGAAUGAACGUAAAGCCGGUGCUUUACAAGCUAAUGUUGAGCGGGUUCAAGAAGUAACAGAUGCUGUUAAUGGCUUGAUCGCGCAAGGCAUGGAUUGGUUCGAAAUUGGACGCCUAAUUGAAAGGGAACAAAAGUUCAACAAUGCGGUAGCUUCGAUGAUUAAAUUGCCCCUGAAAUUGGAAGAGAAUACAGUAACAAUUUUAUUGGAUGAAGAGGCGUUUGACGAAGAAGAAGAUUCUACUUACGAGACUGAUAGUGAUGUCUCCGAAAGUGAAGAUGAAGAUAACACCGCGAAGAAUAAGAAGAAGGAAAAGGUUGCAGACACCCGGAUCCCUAUUGAUAUCGAUCUCGCGUUGUCACCUUGGGCUAAUGCGCGUAAUUAUUUUGACCAAAAACGUUCAGCCGCAUCGAAAGAGGACAAAACCCUGCAAUCAUCUUCCAAGGCGUUGAAGAGUACUGAAGCGAAAAUAGCUCAAGAUCUAAAGAAGGGUUUGAAGCAAGAGAAGGCUAUCUUACGACCUGUACGAAAACAGAUGUGGUUCGAGAAAUUCAUUUGGUUCAUAUCUAGUGAUGGAUAUUUAGUACUUGCAGGAAAGGAUGCACAACAAAGUGAGAUCCUCUAUAAGAGAUAUCUUAAGAAAGGCGAUAUAUAUUUGCAUGCAGAUAUACGAGGUGCAGCAUCCGUCAUUGUUAGAAACAAUCCAAAAACGCCGGAUGCCCCAAUUCCUCCACAGACUCUAAGCCAAGCGGGAACAUUGGUAGUUGUUACAUCAAGUGCUUGGGAUUCUAAAGCUGGCAUGUCUGCUUGGUGGGUGACUGCAGAUCAAGUAUCAAAGUCUGCCCCUACUGGCGAAUUUCUUCCCGCUGGUAGCUUCAAUACCCAUGGAAAAAAGAACUUCUUACCUCCUGCACAGUUACUACUUGGUUUUGGAGUUCUUUUCCAAAUCAGCGAUGAGAGUAAAGCUAGGCAUCUCAAACAUAGACUUCAAGAUGAUUCGCCAUCGGGUGGCACAACUACAGAUGCUCCUCCUGCGGGUGAUUCACUUCUUGAAGAUGAAGGUUCUGGAGACGAAUUGCAUCAAUCUGAUGAAGAUGAACCAGACGCCACCAAAGGAGUUGAGGCUGAUCAUCAAGAUGUGGACGAUUCGGAUGAUGAAGAUGCCGACUCGAAGCCUAACCCUCUACAGGGUGAGGUAGAACAACCUAAUGAAGUUGACACACAAGAUAAGCUUGAAACCCUUGAGAUCGACGAUAAGAAGCCCCAGCCAUCGGAAUCUGAACCCCAAAUGGAGGAAUCGGACGAAGAUUCGGUUGAGGAGUCACAGUCACAGUCUAUCUCCACUGGUGAAAAACCAAAACCCGUUCAAAACGCACCCAAAAAGGGUCCUGCACCAGCUAAACGAGGCAAAAAAGGAAAGGCCAAGAAAAUCGCACAGAAAUACAAAGACCAAGAUGAAGAAGAUCGUAUUGCUGCUCAAGAAAUCAUUGGAGCUGCAGCCGGUCAAGAGAAAGCUGAGGCUGAAGCGAAAGCUAAAGCAGCUCGAGAAGCCGAAUUGGCAUUCCAAAAAGAACGUCGACGAGCUCAACAUCAACGUACGCAGAAAGAAACAGCCGAGCAUGAAGAGAUGCGCAAAUUGAUGUUGGAAGAUGGCAUCGAUACUCAUGAAGAUAAUGAGAUUGAAACCAUGACAUCGUUAGAUUCCUUCGUCGGUCUUCCGUUACCGGGCGAUGAAAUCCUUGAGGCGAUACCGGUUUGUGCCCCAUGGGCUGCGAUGGGAAAAUAUAAAUAUAAAGCGAAGAUUCAACCGGGUGCACAGAAGAAAGGUAAAGCGGUGAGAGAAAUCCUUGGGAAGUGGAUGGCGGCGAGUACGGCGAAGGGUGUCCUUGAUGAAUCGAGUAUGGAUGUGGAAAGAAUCUGGCCAAGAGAAAUGGAUUUGAUCAAAGGGUGGAAACCGGAAGAAACGACGAAUGUUGUGCCGGUAGGCAAGGUGAGGGUUAUGAUGGGAGGGGGAUCCGCGGCCGCAAAGGCAAAGGGGGAUAAGGGGAAGAGUAGUGGGGGGAGAGGAAGGGGGAGUAAGAAGAAGUAG